AUGAGAGCUCUAUUUCAACUUAGGGUCCCACUUGAGAAAAGAUUCUUUUCAUCUGGAUUUGUUUUGGGGAAAGAUGAGAAGUCAAAGCAACUCUUGGAGAAAUUAGGUAUGUCGCUACAAAAAGGCAACAUUAAGUCGAAGGAUUCCGACGAACAAGAAGAAACGCAUUCACAUCUAGCAGCGAAAGCUGAUGUAGAUGAAAAGAAUGAGAUCACUAAUACUAAAAAACCUGAGAGUUUUGAUGAAAGAAAGGAAAUGCUUAAUCAAGUUAAGGAUUGUUUCAAUAGCAUUUCACAUAUGACCGUUAACGAUAUUAUGAUACAGAAAAACCUAGAUGAAGGCAUGCAGUUUUCUUUCCCUUCAGAACACUAUUUAGAUAGAAAAAAGCUUAUCGACAGUUUACCGGAUGAGAUAGACAUAUUUAAUACACCGUUGAGCGUGAUUGAACGAACUUACAACGACUUGGCGAAAUUAGAUAACGAUAAGUCCGUGCAUCUCAAGUACUACAAAAGAUAUCUUCAAAAUUAUAAUGAUCCUAUAAACAACUUAAUUCAAGAGUUCAAUGGGAUAUCUGAGAAGUUUAUGUUGUUGAGAAGGAGAGAAAUUGAUAGCUUGUCUCUAGCCACUGGUGCUUAUUUAUACAAAGAAAAUAUGUUUGGGAAUCCAUACAAUGUAAUUGGUUUUGAUAGAAGUAUAAGUGGCUUGCCGUUACGAACAGGUAAACACAAGCUUACAGACAAAUGCUAUCCUCAGGAGUUCAUCGAAGAUUUGCAGAUGUUCCGAACUAAAAUCCCUGUCCACAAGAGAGACUUAGAUUUCAUUGAAUACGAAGAAAACUCAGUCAAUAUUGACCCGUCGAGAAUUGAGAAUAGUAAAGAGAAACCGAGAGACUUUCAGUCAACAUUAAAUUCCAUAUAUCAAGAACUAGAAGUGCCAAAGAAUUCGAUUUUAGUUGAUUCUUUGGCUGACUACAAAAUGUUGACAUUCAAAAGCGACAUAGUAAUACGCAUCGAGAACGAAAUUCUAUUUAUGAAAAGGUCUUUGCAGCAGGAGAUUGAAUUAUUCAUGAAAUCUAAUGGAAAUAGAUUACUAUUAUUUAACCAUCAAGAUUUAAAACACAGCCAGUUCAGAUUGUGUGAAACGAAGCAUCCCGAAAAUGUCAAUUCUUCAUUAAUUAUAGUGAAUUACAAUCUCAAGCCUUUCAAUAUAAUCCCCAAUUAUAGUAUCUUAUUGACUUCAAGGUCUCAAAGAAAGAAACUAGAGAACCAUUUGUUCAAGAUCUUUUUGAUAAAUAUGGAGGAUCAAAUAGAUACUCUUUUUCGGAUCAAGUACUACGAUGAAAAAGAUAUGAAGAAGUUCAUGAAAUCAGUUUCGAGAAAUAUAAGGAGAACGAUUUCUUUUAAAUUGCUCAAGUUUUUCACUCCAUUCAAAGAUGAAGAGUAUCGCAAUUACGAUGCAUUUAUUUACAAGCCUCAGCUAGGGCUUGCAUUUAAGAGACUCUACAGGUUGAGAAGCUGGAAAAUUUCAACUCAAUCAGAGAGACGUAAACCUUUGAACAUGAAUUUAGGAAACUUUGAAGACAUUAGUGAACGAUAG